AUGAGCAGUGGUGUGUGCAUGGAGAGUCAUGCUCACGGCCACACCCACGGCCACACCCACACGCCCGGCUCCGACUUUUCGCUGCAGAUGGAGUCGUGCGUGAACCCUGUUCUGGACUACAGCGCUCAGAUGGAGCGUUAUCGCUCUUUCGCCAACUUCUACAAAACCAGUGCCGCCGCCGCAGCCGCUGCCGCCGCCUCGGGUACCGCCCCCUUCCCUCAGGCCGCCGCCAAGAUCGCCCGCAUCGCCACGCCCAUAUUCCCCAGCGCACGCCUCUCGGCCAUGCCUGCUUGGCCCUGCGAUAACGCCAUGCUGUGGGGGCGCAAGCCGGCCGUUAAUCCGGCGGUUAACGCCCCCCACCGGACUGCUAUGCCCCGGGCCGAACCCGUGAACAUGCAUGAACAUGGCAAACACGGCCCACCCACCGAUUCUUCUCUACCCAUGGCGCCUGACAACUUCCUCUCACAGUUGGGGGCAGAGCCAUGCCGCGGCCUUCCAGUGCCAGGGGCGGAGUGCAUGAGCCAGUUAAAGUGCCCACCGUCUGUCCCCGUGGCAGCAGCCACCAGCGCUGGGGAGGCAGAGCGUGGGGGGACGUUCAGUGGAAUCCCACCGCUCGGGGGUCUCUCGCUGCCCCCGGGGGUGAUUGUCAUGACGACGCUGCACUCAGGAGUGUCGCCGGCAGCAACGGUGUCAGACAGCGCGUUCCAGAUGGCCAACGCAGCGGGAGACUGUCAGCACGGCGGCACGGGGUCUUGCUCGGGUUCACCAGCUACGCUCAACACUGGUGGGGGCAACACUAAUGGGGGCUGCGGUGGGAACGGAGCAGCCAAACGCAAGAGGAAGCGUUGUGGCGUGUGCGCCCCCUGCAGGCGACUUAUCAACUGUGGCGUGUGCAGCAGCUGCCGGAACAGGAAAACGGGCCAUCAGAUCUGCAAGUUCAGAAAGUGUGAGGAGCUAAAGAAGAAACCAGGGACUAUGUUGGAGCGGGCACCAUCCGUUGGAGGAGCAGACACCUUCCGCUGGUUUUUCUGA